AUGUCGAGCAACAAGAUCCUCGGUGACAGAGACGUCAACGCCGCUCUAGCCGAUGGCCAGCCUCUCGGCAAGGACGUCAAGAACAUGGAGUACCAUCGCCAGGUGCUCCAGUCCAGGAUUGCUCAGGAGCCAGGAAAACAAUACGUCUCCCCCUCCGAUACCAUCAUGAGCCCCUGCACAGCAAAGCUCUCCGCGCUGCGCAGCAAGCAAGUCACCAAGGCUAAACCAAAGUCUCUUUUCGCUCAGGCGAGCUCCAAGAAGCUCAACGACGAGAACCUCUUCGGCACAAGGCCCGCUCAGCUCGACAACCCUCUUGGUGCUAGAAGCGUCAAGACCGAGCGCACGUUGACCUCGCGACUUCGCUGA